AUGUCUGCUACGUUAGCGACACACCAUGGUGGGGAUGGUGAUGGCAGGGAUCCCCCUGAUCCUUCUAGGGUACCGUCGUCCUGCGAAUCAGUUCCACCUCCGGUUAGAAAGGGUCGUGGGGUUGCCGCAAACGCUAACCUCGAAAAAAAAAGGAGAGAAGCUGGUAAGCCCUUACCGGUGGAGGUAGAUCUUGAAACCGGCAAAGUAGUUGGCACUGAAGCCAGCAAUUAUGUUCGAUUUCUUGGCCAACAAGUGAGCAUGUUGUGCCCGGGUGGUCAUCUAAAUUUUUCCGAUGUACCCCAACAAUACAAGGAUCAAGUGCUCAAUCGAAUCAGAUACUACUUUGAUAUCGAUGGGAAUCCCCACCGAGAGCUACUUAUGAGGACUUUAUAUUCGGUGAUGGCGGAGCGGUAUAGUGAGCGAAAGACGCUCAGACACAAGCAUUUCAAACAACAUUACAAAAAACCAGAAGAUUGGGACACAGUUCUCAAAUUCCCCCCUGACUACUUGAAUACCGAGACUUGGAAACCGGUUUGCGAAUUGUUCGUUAGCGAGGCAUUUUUGAAUCGUUCAACUAAAAAUAAAUCGAAUCGGCAACUAAUGAAAUAUCCAACAACGCAAGGCACAAAAUCGUUGGCGUCCAUACGCCACGGAAUGGGGGGUACUCCUGGAGAGCAUGUAGUUGACGCAUGGAAGGAGAUCCAUGUGAAAAAACCGUCUGGAACUUUCGUUAAUGAAUUAGCUGCAAAAGAUUAUGUAAGUGAUUAAAAUGAUUUAUUAUUAAAAUUUAUAUUUUAUAUUAAUUACAUAGUCUAAUAAUUUUGAUUUAAAUAGGAGGAAUUGAUCAAGGAGCUUGAUAGGAAGCGACUGGAACGACAAUCCCAGAGCGAUACUGGAACUGAAUCUGAAUCUGAUACUGGUUAUCAGUUUGACGUUAUGGAAACAGUUCUAGGCCAAAGAUCUGACUAUCAGAGAGGCGUGGGUAAAAGGCU